GAGGAUGACUUUAAUAAAUUAACCUCUGUCAGCUGUGAGGAUGACUUUAAUAAAUUAACCUCUGUCAGCUGUGAGGAUGACUUUAAUAAAUUAACCUCUGUCAGCUGUGAGGAUGACUUUAAUAAAUGAAAUUCUGUCAGCUGUGAAUAUGUCUCUGAUAAAUUAACCUCUGUCAGUUGAUAACCCCUUCACUUCCUUCUCUCCCUGAUGUGGAUUGGACGGCCAGUAAGAUCCUCUCUGAUUGGUGUAGGUUGGUGAAUCUGUGUUCUCAUCUGAACGGAACAAGCCUGCUUGUGUGUGUCAGGGGACAGGCUGAGGGAGGUUAGGGGGAGGGACUGGUUAAGCUGAGUGAGCAGUGGGAAUACUUUAAAUUGACUCCCAUACAUGAAUAAUGCAUUAGAUAGCCCCUCCCCUCAUUGGGAUCAGCUGGAGGAAAUUGGGGUUUGGGCCAAUCAGAUUACGUCCCUGCCGGGUUUGCUCAGUGUGUGUGUAUAGUAAGCAGGAGAGAGAGAGCGGGCAAGUCCAGACAAAUAGCAGCAGCUCAGAGCCUAUAGUGUAGCCUUUCUGUCGCUAUCCCUCCCUCUCUCUAUCGCUGCUCAUUCUGUCUUUGUCUCAGGGUGUGUUAUGGGAGCUGUCAUUGCCAAAGAGAUGGCUGGGUGACAUUGCUACAGCUCUACUUGUGUAUUUACUAAUGGUUGUUUCCCCCGGAGAGGAUUUACACAGGGGCAUGUAACUCCCCCAGGUUCCUUUGUCUGUGUGUGGGGUGUCUGAGGGUGUGUGUGUGGCUUCAAGGAUCUAGCAGCCAUGAAUUCCUGUUGGAAGAUGAAGAAUGAGAAGCCCCUCGGUCAUUCUGCCAGCAGGUCCAGCAAUAUUUCCAAGGCAGGGAGCCCCACCUCCGUCAACGCCCCCUGCAACUUCUCACGAACGUCGGUCACCCCCUCCAACCAGGACAUCUGCAGGAUCUGUCACUGUGAAGGAGAUGAUGAGAGCCCGUUGAUAACACCGUGCCACUGUACGGGCAGCCUGCGCUUCGUCCACCAGGCCUGCCUGCAGCAGUGGAUCAAGUCCUCAGAUACACGUUGCUGUGAACUCUGCAAGUACCAGUUCAUCAUGCAGACCAAGCUGAAACCCCUGCGCAAGUGGGAGAAGCUCCAGAUGACAUCUAGCGAGAGGAGGAAGAUCAUUUGUUCUGUGACGUUCCAUGUCAUCGCCAUCACCUGCGUGGUGUGGUCCCUCUACGUGCUCAUCGACCGCACUGCAGACGAGAUCAAAGCAGCCGGAAGAAUCCCAGGUAUCCUGGAGUGGCCAUUCUGGACCAAACUGGUGGUGGUGGCCAUCGGCUUCACUGGCGGCCUGGUCUUCAUGUACAUCCAGUGUAAAGUCUACAUCCAGCUGUGGCGAAGACUCAAGGCCUACAACCGGGUGAUCUAUGUCCAGAAUCGCCCGGAAACGUGUAAAAAGCAGAUGUUGGAGAAGCCUCCCCUCAUGGAGCCCAAUGUGGAGCACAAGGAGGCUCUGGCCCCCACCCAGUCAGACACAAACUCCUCCCAGUACACAGAGACAGAAGACUACAGUAUGGAAGUGCUCCAUGUCUGACCCACAUAUACACACAUACAGGGACACACCAUGUCUGACCCACAUAUACACACAUACAGGGACACACCAUGUCUGACCCACAUACAAGGCAUUCAGAAAGUAUUCAGAUACCUUGACUUUUUCCAAAAAGUUUUACGUUACAGUCUUAUUCUAAAAUUGAUUAAAUUGAUUUCCCCCCUCAUCAAUCUACACACAAUACCAGAUAAUGACAAAUCAAAAUCAGGUUUUUAGACAUUUUUGCAAAUGUAUAUAAAAAACUGAAAUAUCACAUUUACAUAAGUAUUCAGACCCUUUACUCAGUACUUUGUUGAUGUACCUUUUGCAGUGAUUACAUCCUUGAGUCUUGUUGGGUAUGAUGCUACAAGCUUGACACACCUGUAUUUGGGGAGUUUAUACCCUUCCUCUCUGCAGAUCCUCUCAAGCUCUAUCAGGUUGGAUAGGGAGCGUCGCUGCACAGCUAUUUUCAGGUCUCUCCAGAGAUGUUUGAUCGGGUUGAAGUAUGGGCUCUGGCUGGGCCACUCAAUGAUAUUAAGAGACUUGUCCCGAAGCCACUCCUGCGUUGUCUUGGCUGUGUGCUUAGGGUCGUUGUUCUUCGCCCCAGUCUGAGGUCCUGACCGCUCUGCAGCAGGUUUUCAUGAAGGAUAUCUCUGUACUUUGCUCCGUUCAUCUUUCCCUCAAGCCUGACGUGUCUCCCUGUCCCUGCCGCUGAAAAACAUCCCCACAGCCUGAUGCUGCCAUCACCAUGCUUCACCAUAGGGUUGGUGCCAGGUUUCCUCAAGAGUCCAAUCUUGGUUUCAUGUGCCUUUUACUGAGGAGUGGCUUCCGUCUGGCCACUCUACCAUAAAGGCCUGAUUGGUGGAGUGCUGCAGAGAUGGUUGUCCUUCUGUAAGGUUCUCCCAUCUCCACAGAGGAAAUCUAGAGCCCUGUCAGAGUGACCAUCGGGUUCUUGUUCACCUUCCUGACCAAGGCUCUUCUCCCCCAAUUGCUCAGUUUGGCUGGGCGGCCAGCUCUAGGAAGAGCCUUGGUGGUUCCAAACUUCUUCCAUUUAAGAAUAAUGGAGGCCACUGUGUUCUUGGGGACCUUCAAUGCUCCAGACAUUUUUUGGUACCCUUCCCCAGAUCUAUGCCUCGUCACAAUCCUGUCUCGGAACUCUACGGACAAUUCCUUCGAACUCAUGGCUUGGUUUUUGCUAUGACAUGCACUAUCAACUCUGUGUCCUUUAAUAAACCGGUUAUUGGACUUUCCAAAUCAUGUCCAAUCAAUUGAAUUUACUACAAGUGGCUCCAUUCAAGUUGUAUAGACAGCUAAAGGAUGAUCAAUAAAUUUGCUAACAUUUCUAAAAUCCUAUUUUCACUUUGCCAUUGUGGGGUAUUGUGUAUAGAUUGAUAAGGAUAAAAAUUCCUUUCAUUUAUUUACUAUCUCAUCUCUGUACCCAACACAUGCAAUUAUCUGUAAGGUCUCUGUCUAGCAGUGCAUUUCAAACACAGAUUCAACCACAAAGACCAGGGAGGUUUUCUAAUGCCUCGCAAAGAAGGGCACCAAUUGGUCAUUUAAAAAAAAUAAAAGCAGACAUUGAAUAUCCAUUUGAGCAUGGUGAAGUUAUGAAUUACACUUUUUAUGGUGUAUCAAUACACCCAGUCACUACAAAGUUAAAGGCGUUCUUUCUAACUCAGUUGCCUGAGAGGAAGGAAAUCGCUCAGGGAUUUCACCAUGAGGCCAAUGGUGACUUUAAAAAAAAAAGAGUUUAAUGGCUAUGACAGGAGAAAACUGAGGAUGGAUCAACAACAUUGUAGUUUACUCCACAAUACUUACCUGAUUGACAGAGCAAAAAGAAAGAAGCCUGUAUAGUAUAAAAAAUAUUCCAUAACAUCCAUCCUGUUUGCAACAAGGCACUAACUAAAGUAAUAUUGCAGAAAAUGUGGCAGAGCAAUUAACUUUUUGUCCUGAAUUCAAAAUGUUAUGUUUGGGGCAAAUCCAAUACAACACAUUACUGAGUACCACUCAUAUUUUCAAGCAUAGUGGUGGCUGCAUCAUGUUAUGGGUAUUCUUGUUACCGUUAAGGAUGGGGAGUUUUACAGGAUAAAAAAGCAAUGGAAUGGAGAUAAGCACAGGCAAAAUCCUAGAGAAAAACCUGGGAUACUCUGCUUUCCACCAGACACUAGGAGAUGAAUUCACCUUUCAGCAGGACAAUAACCUAAAACACAAGGCCAAACCUACACUGAAGUUGCUUACCAAGAAGACAGUGAAUGUUCCUGAGUGGCUGAGUUACAGUUCUGACUUAUAUCCACUUUAAAAUCUAUGGCAUGACCUGAAAAUGGUUGUCUAGCAACGAUCAACAACCAAUUUGACAGAGCUUAAUACAUUUUUUAAAUAGAAAUGGACAAAUGUUGCACAAUCCAGGUGUGGAAAGCUCUUAGAGACUUACAUAGAAAGACUCACAGCUGUAAUCACUGCCAAAGGUGCUUCUACAAAGUAUUGACUCAGGGGUGUGAAUACUUAUGUAAAUUAGAGAUUUCUGUAUUUCAUGUUUUUGCUUUGUCAUAAUGGGGUAUUGUAGAUGUGUAGAUGGGCGAGAAAAAACAUAUUUAAUGCAUUAUGAAUUCAGGCUGUAACAAAAUGUGGAAUAAGUCAAGAGGUAUGAAUACUGACACACAGGGACACACCAUGUCUGACCUACGUAUACACAUGAAAAGGGACACAUCAUGUCUGACCAACGUAUAUAAACACACACAUGAAUGCCACAGUAGGAUGGUGGCCCCUUAAUUGGGGAGGACAGACUCGUGGUAAUGGCUGAAGUAGAAUCAUUUGAAUGGUAUCAAAUACAGCAAACACAUGGAUUGAUGCCAUUCCAUUCGCUCCGUUCCAGCCAUUAUUAUGAGCCGUCCUCCCCUCAGCAGCCUCCACUGAUCAGCGCACAGAGUGAAACACACAUACACGCAGAUAUACAAAAGACUAUAGUAUGGAUGUUCUCCUGAGGUGUGACCGUCCCACCCUGACCCCACCGUCUCCACACCGUCUGAGACCAUCCUUCUUUCUCCACUGGGGCCCGAUGAGCCCAUAGACACCUCUAUAUAUAUAUAUACACACACACACACACACACACACACACACACACACACACACACACACACACACACACACACACACACACACACACACACACACACACACACACACACACACACAUACACACACACACACACACACACACAGAGUCAGAUGAACUCACUCUGCUUCAGAGGUUUCAGUGUUUCUGUUUCGUUGUAUGUUUGUUAGCUUGUAUGUUUGGUUUAUUGGUUGUACUUCCUGUGAGUCGUGGGCUAAAGCGCCGCCGGAUCUCUGGAACAUUCUAGAACACUUUGGAACAUUCUGGAACAUUGAACAUUCCAACUACUGCCACCAUACCGCUGACAGCAGAGAGCCCGCUAAGGCCUACAUGCCCGCCCCUCUGGGUUUGGGUCUGUACUGGUCUGGACCAGAUCAGACCGGAUCGGACUGGAUUGUAUCGGAUCUGACCAUGCAUUGAAGCACUUUUUAGUUCCCACCAACAUCCCUCUCAACCCUUUUCUCUUUUAAUAUAAGUCAAGUUCUUUAUAGUAUAUCCCAGCAAACAGAGGACAUCUCUAGGACAUUAAGCAAUGUUCCCAUUAGGUUAUUUUUAGGGUUUCAGCAAGACCUUAUCCAUAAGGGGACAUCAGUGCAGGUCCCGGUUUGGUCGCAGUGUAAUGUUAUAAUAGUUUUUUUUUAAUGUCCACUAGGGAACUUUAUGAACAGGUUCUGGCAACCGGGAACUAAACAAAACCUCCACAGGACCAUGACGCAAUGUCUUGACGACCAUUUUGUGAUGUUCCCGGGAAGUCCUAAGGACACAUUUUUGUUUGCAGUGUAAGUGUGGGAAAUUAUACAGAAACAAACAGGAAGAUUUGUGGAAAAAUCUUUUGUUUUACAUUUGACAUUUCUGUCCAACACACAGACACAUACACACCUGCCCACCCUUGGAUGACAAAAAAGGAAUCAAGAAAAGCAAUGAAUGAUGGAGGAAAUGGAAUUUUGCCAAAAUGAUCGUUUCCCUUUUCAUCUAGAAAAACAAACACUGAAAGUCAUUGCUAUAUAUGGCCUACUGGUUAUUCAAGCUCUGGGGUUUUUACAUCUUGUUUGGGUUGGGUUGGUACAAUAUUGAUACAACGUUGAUACAACCAAAACACAACAUUGGGAUAACAUCAGAUCCAGCCAUCCACCUGACAUUACCUCCUUCUACCAUUGGAACUCUUUAAAGGCUCUGAGAAGAAUGUAACGUUUUUAAAACCAUUUUCUACCAACCAUUCAGUCACAGGAAAUUGCUAGAUAAUCUCCCAUGUCUGUCAUCAUCUAAACAUGACCUUUGGAAAACCAACCAAUCAGUCAUGUUUUUUCUAUUGUGUGAAUUAUACAGUACUUCUGGUAUUCCAUGUGCAGUUUUUAAUAAUAAUCUGUUGUUAAUUAUGUUGGUGUAAUUAUGGGUUUUAUGAUGCCUUGGGGAAGCUACAGCUUGCUAUAUUUAGACUGUUAUCUCAUCCUGUCAUCCUCCUCUCCUCUCUUCCCAAGGCAGUUUAUAGUGGGCCAAUUGACUUCUCUGAUUACACUGAUAAUGAUAAUGUAGAUGGAUAAUGCAGAUGGCAUUAUUAAAAUCCUCAUUUACAUAAGAUUAUAUUAAUUUGAUCACUGUCUGUGUAUUUUCCUCCAAUGAGAGGUCCAGAGGCAGAAGGCAUGGAGUACAGGGCCUAUUAUUAUGAGACACCCAAUCACCAUCAUCUACCAUCCCCUGACCAGCUCCCUCAACUCAAGCCAUGAACUGACCCUCUCUAUCUUCAGAGGAUACAGCUUUCAAAAACAUGGCCUCUACUGGUUGACCUGGCCUCUACUGGUUGACCUGUCCUCGACUGGUUGACCAGGCCUCUAUUGGUUGACCUGGCCUCUAUUGUUUACCUGGCCUCUACUGGUUUACCUGCCAUGGUAUAUUGCUUGUUUGUUUUUUGUUCUAUGAUUCUAUGAAAAGAGCUAUAGAAAUGUAAUAAAUGAUUAUUAAUGCGGAUCCUAUUUUUACUAUGGUGAUGAGUGUGGGUGGGUUAUACUGUAGCCUAGUUGUACACAUGCAGUCAGUUAUUGAGACUCCAGUGUGAGAGAGAGACAAACACCUGAUACAGAGACCUGCAACACAACAUAAAGUUUUUCAGUCGAUCUAAAGUCUCUAUUGCACAGUCAAACAACCUUCCCUUUCUAAGUUACAAUGAUCAGUCCCUAACCCACCUGUCGUUUCACUAAUCAUUAUUCGAUUUAACUUGAUGUAUCGUUCUUUCUCACAUCUGGCAUAAUGAGGCUUUGAUUAGACACAUUUAUAAAUUUUUCGAUUACAUUUUUCCUAAAGUAAUGUCUGAUGCUUCUCUCCAGUAAAGUUGCCAUAUGUUGACAAUAGAGACACUUGUUUCACAGAGCCAAAACCUUAUGUUGUCAUCAAUGAUAUCAGGCAAAUGUAACUUGGUAAGAGUCUAAUAUAGUGUCAAAUUCAAUCUGCGCAGAAAUGCAAGAACAUGAUUUCUUGACUUAAUUACAAUACUAAAAUCUAAAUGCUGAGCAGUGACAGAACAUGGACGUGUACUAUUGGAACGGUCAGCAGAGCAGUUUGGCGGUGAGGAGCUGACUGGGUCACCAUCUAGUGUUUGGAGUAGGGAAGUGCAGUCUGAACACAGGUGUUGUGGUUUCCUCAAGGUAACACUGUGUUUUGGGCUUACAGUCUGUUGUAAGUGCUUUUGUAUCUGUGGGAGAACAGCAAUGCCAGGGUCUUCUCUGGCCUUUUACAACCAUUCCAGCAAACACACAUUUUUAUCAACAGUGUAUUUUAUACUAGUGUAUACAUACACACGACAACAACAGAGGUCCAACCAUGACACUUGUACAAUGACGACAAACAAAACCAAAAUCAGCAUUGUUCUUUCAACAUCUGAUUUCCUGUAAUGUAAAGCCCCAAUUGUAUUCUGGGAUUUGGUGUCUUAAUUUGUAUAAAAGUUGGGAUUAGAGUUGUGAGUGGCAGGUGGCAGGUAGCAUAGCGGCUAGAGCGUAGAGCGUUCGAAUACCUGAGCUGACAAGGUGAAAAAUCUGUCUGUGUCCUUGAGCAAGGCACUUAACCCUAAUUUGCUCCAGGGGCGCUGUACUACUAUGGCUGACGCUGUAAAACGACACAUUUCACUUCACCUAUCUGGUGUAUGACAAUGGAACAUGUUUUUUUUGUAUUUGAGAAUCAUGUUUUUUUUUUUUUUUUUUUUUUUUUUAACCUUUAUUUAACUAGGCAAGUCAGUUAAGAACAAAUUCUUAUUUUCAAUGACGGCCUAGGAACAGUGGGUUAACUGCCUGUUCAGGGGCAGAACGACAGAUUUGUACCUUGUCAGCUCGGGGAUUUGAACUUGCAACCUUCCGGUUACUAGUCCAACACUCUAACCACUAGGCUACGCUGCCGCCCCAUGUUUGGUUAUAAGGACCUCAUGCUUUCUCAGAACCACACACAGAUAUGUAUUAAUACAAAUUAUUAUUGUAUUAUACAGCUGUGUUCACACAGCCCUCUGUACGGUGUACAUUUUAGGACACCCUCACACAGUCCCAAUGUACGAUGUACAUUUUAGGACACACAGUCCCCAAGAUGCUCUUUACGAUAAGACAGAAAAAGUGCAAUUACCUUAGCUGACCUGGUCAAUUCUCUAGUACUGUCGCUCUCAUCCAGAGGUUGACUCUCUGGAGACAUGAGGAUUAUUUCUACAUUUUCUGUGUUGUAUUUAUUUAUUUUUAAGAAAAAUAUUUGUUUGCAUCAAAAGAGACCCCUUCAAAUUGUGAUUUUAUUCAACUAAUACUAGCAGUACCCAAUUCCAGUUGAGCUUUCCCCCUGGAAACCAAUUCCACCUCUGUGUGUUCUCCUGUACAUUACUUUUUCACACUGUCUUAGUUAUUGUUGGAUUCAAGACUCUUUGAAAGGGAGUGGCAAUACACUGAGGCCAGGCUUAAAGUAAACCACACUGCGCUUGGCUUUUAAAGGUAAUUUACUCUUAAGUCGACGUCUAUAGUUCUACCCUCUAUAAGUUAUUCAACCUGCAUUUAUAACCACUGCUUUUACCUGAUCAAUACAAUGGAUUCAAAUGAUACAUCCAUUUAUUUUAGUCAGAGAAUUAUUGAGAUUUUCAAAUAUUAACAAUUACAUGAUUGAUAAAUUAUUUGAAAUGAUAGACGUUUGAUGAUGUAUAGCUGGCUCCUAUAAUUCUCUCUUUGAGAGAACAUACCUGUUGACUUGUUGAUGUUGACCUUUCAUGUUUCACCUCAGACCUUUAUGUAGUAGUUUGCUUAGCUAUCUGAUGAGAACAGUUUUUACUGCCAAGCUCUAUAAUAACUUUGUAACGACGGCCCUCCAUUUUCCCCAGCAUUUGCACAAUUCUGGCAACUUUCCCCAAAUUCCAACCUUUUCCAGAUGUCCCGGUUGGAAUAUUCACAGAUUUCUGGAAAACCUGACCAUUUUGGGAAAGUUCCUGGAAUAUUGAAACCCCUAAACCAUACUGUGUAACAUUACUCUGGCAGAGGUCUGUCUGUUUAUUCAGUCAUUUAACAUGUAAGAGAACACACAUUUCUCCUGCAGAACAGAUGUAACUUAAACAGCCAUUCCAUAAGGAAAGCCGUUCCGUGCCCCAUCAUCAAAAUAAUAACCCUUGUGCUGAGAAAGUGUUACUUGCAUAAAACUACAGUGCUUUACUACUGACUCGACUUGAACAUACGACUGUUUCCCUCCUUCAUAUAUCAUUCCACAUGUUUGUCUGUGAGUUUACCUUUUAAUAGUAACUGUGUAGAAUUUUGGUAAGAAAAAAAUUACUUAUGUUUUAAAAAAUAAAUAUUGAUGUGUUUUGAUUUGUUUCAUUUCCCAUGUUUGAAUAAAGUAUGUAGAUUGAAAAACCAACCAAAUAAAAAUGAAAACCUUUAAACGGUUUGCUAUUAUGAA